UCUCCGCGAUAUUACCUAUGGGCUAUGUGUUAAAUAAAUAAGUUGGUUUAAUAACUUAACACUUUUAUGUUGGAGUGUACCAACCCAUAGAACAUUGAUAAGUAGUGAUAAGGAAGAGAAUAAACAAAAUAAGUUCAUUGGCGGUGAAUGUUGGUAUUAGUACGAUAGUUGCACAGUAGGUCCAACAUAUUUCUUACAUCUGUCUUCUAUUCAAGUGUAUGUAGCAAGUAAAAUGUUCGAUAAAAACAAAGUACUAUUUCUUCAAUCGGCACCACCAAAAUUUGAAGAAAUACAGAAGACUAUUUUCAACGACGGUGCCGUGGAUUUUAUAUGGCGAAUUCACAAAACGUUCGAGAAGCAAAUUGAACAACUUUAUAAGGAUAGGUUGCAACGCACUGUGAUAACGCAAACACUUUCGACUUUGGACUUUAAAAAAUCGCCAGAAAGAAAUGACAAGUCCUGGACUAUCGCUCCCCUACCGCCUAGAUUACAAAAUCGCCACUUAGACCUUGGUGAUGUCUCAGCAUCAAACACGGCUCAUUUUGUUUCCUCUCUAAAUGAAGAUGUGCAAGGCAUUCAAGUUGACUUUGAUGAUGGACACUGCCCUACAUGGAAGAAUCAAUUGCAGGCCUACCAAAACAUUAAGUUAGCUGUCUUAGGAAAGCUUCUCGGAGCACCUGUAACUAUAACAACUAGCCCUAUAUUGAUGUUAAGACCGAGAGCUUGGAACAUGAUAGAACAUAAUAUUUUGAUUGAAGGUAAAGAAGCAAUUGGACCCUUGGUUGAUUUUGCAGUUUUGAUGUAUCACAAUGGAAAACUACUUUAUGAAGCUAACAGUGGGCCUUACUUUUACUUAUCCAAGUUAGAGGGUGCUACGGAAGCAUCAUUGUGGAAUGAAAUCUUUGUUUGGGCUCAAAAUGAACUUGGUCUGCCACUGGGCACAAUAAAAGCAUGUGUUUUAAUUGAGAACAUAGUCUCUAGUUUUGAACUAGAAGAAAUUUUAUAUGCAUUAAGAGACCAUUCACUAGGUCUUAACUGUGGCAUAUGGGAUUACUGUGCCUCUAUUAUAUCCAAGUUUGGGGAUCGUGAGGAGUUCUUGUUACCAGAUCGUAAUAAGUAUGUCAAUAUGGAUCGCCACUUCUUGAACAGUUACAUGAAGCUUGUCGUGGGUACAUGUCACGCUAGAGGUGCUCCAGCCACCGGCGGUAUGGCGGCCGCCAUGCUGAAACCUGGGUCCGACGUUAAUGACAAAGAAUCUAAAGUUAUAAUAACGAAGAUACUGGCUGCAAAACUGAAGGAGAUAGAAUGUGGUGUUGAUGGGUUCAUGGUCUAUGAUGCAAGAGUAGUUCCUCAAAUUAACGAGCUCUGGAAGAAAAGCGGUGCCACACCAAACCAGAUAUGUAAAAAAUUUGAAGUGAAUGUAACAGCUCAGGAUCUACUGUCUAUACCGCGGGACGGUGUGACGUUGCAAGGCCUGAAACACAACGUGGCUAUCUCCAUACUCUUCAUCUACUACUGGUUAGCCGGCAUCGGACAUUUCUUCUACAGCGGCAAUGUGGAAGAUUCUGCAACUGCAGAAAUAUCCAGAUUCCAAAUCUGGCAAUGGAUACGUUUCUCUCCACCAUUAGAAGAUGAUCCUAAGGUGCAUGUAACUGCGAAGUUAGUUGAGAAGACUGCGGCGAGUUUCGCUGCGCAUGCGCAUAAGAACCUUUGCCGGUCGAAUGCUGAGCGCAAACGCUUGACCGCUGCUAGAUACAUGUGUAUGGAACUGUUCCUAAGUAGGAAUCCUCCAGAAUUUAUAACAAGUUAUCUAAAUGAUAAUCAUAAAUUCAGAACAUUGCACAACAAGGCUCUUUUGAGCAAUUUGUGAAAGAAUAGCUGUAUGAAUUACUCGCUAUGGUUGCCUCCUAAUUAUUUUUGUAUGAAUAAUAUUAUUUCGAGUUCCUCGUCAAAUAAUUACGUGAGUAAAUCCAAAAACGGAAUAAUACAUAUUAUUAUGUUAGGUAACCUUCAUUCCCCUAUCGAUUUUUGCUACUUAUAUGUGGAUAACUUUGCCACGUUUAUUAAGAAAUGCUAUUAUUAUAUAAGUCAAACCAGAUACUAGGUAUCUUUAGUAGCUAAAUCUACCAAAGUAUAGAUAAUAUUACAAUAAAAUUCAUUUUAAAGCUCAAUCGAUAUCUCUUUAUCAUACUAACAAAUGUAUCAGUUUUAUAAAAAACCGUUUUAUUAUAUAUUGAAACUUACUACAUUUUACUGCGACUUCGUUUGCCUGGAAUUUAGAAGAUCCUGAAAGAAUAUUAAGUUGAAAACUGUCUGGUGAUGGAUCGUUAGAAAUUGGUCCAGUAGUUUUGGAACCUGUUCAAUAAAUACAAACAAACUCAUUCCAUUUUAUAAUAUUAGUAUAGAUGAUAUUGCAACAUACCAAAUAUUUAAGAACACAAAGAUAUUUUUUUUUUUCUACAAUUUAGUCUUCUAUGGGCAUCUGUGAUAUAACUUUUUGGUUUAUUUACAUUGUUUACGGCAUGUUAAUAAAAAUAUUAU